CAAUGUUUCGAGCCAAAUCAUUGUGUUUGGUAUCAGUCUGGGAGCGCGCUCGAUCUGAGUCGGUCGUCACUAGACAUUCAGUAAGCUUCAGGAGAGAAAGCACGCGUAACCACGCAUUCGAUUCUCAUUAUUUAAUCGGCCUUCGCGCUAUUUUCUCAUCGUUGUUUUAACGCUAGCUCAUCAGAGAACCACGUUGAAGGACAUGUCUGCUGCGGUAGAAAAUCAGCGUACCGUCGAAAUUGAGCUGGUGAAUGGUCAUGGCGGUGCGGACCCGCGAAAAUGGGAGGACCUGUUUUUGCCCACCCCGCUCAAGCUGGAGAACAGGCUCAGAGCCCAGAAGAUCGAGGCCCGUCUCAGCAAGUUAAUGCUAUGCGGCUCAACACUACGUAGAGUUGCAGAGGUGUUCGAGAAAGAAAUCGAGGCGGGACUCCGACAACAGCCUUCGAGUUUGCAAAUGGAAAAUACUUAUGUCCCAGAAUUGCCUGACGGAACAGAGGAAGGCUCGUUCUUAGCGUUGGAUUUGGGUGGUACAAAUUUUAGAGUCCUGUUUUUGGAACUGAAAGCUGGACAAUUGCUCCGUGAGAAAGUGAAACACUAUCACAUAAAUGAUGCCUUACGACUGGGUCCCGGUGAAGACCUGUUUAACUUCUUAGCAGAUUGCGUGCAGGAUUUUUUGGUUUCACAAUCUAUGGAAAAAGAAACCUUCUCUUUGGGUUUCACAUUCUCGUUUCCUAUGAGGCAGCACUCGAUAUCCUCUGGAGAACUAAUAACUUGGACCAAGAGCUUCAACUGCGGCGGAAUGGACGGGGUUGAUGUAGCUGCCCUGCUGCAGAGGUGCCUCAGCGCCAGGAGUCUGGAUGUCACCGUGCGGGUGCUCCUGAAUGAUACAACUGGCACUUUGGUCGCUGGAGCUCAUAUCGAUCGUAACGUUGGAAUCGGCGUGAUUCUGGGUACCGGGUCAAACGGGUGUUAUAUGGAGCGCGCGUCACGGGUCCUCCACUGGGAGCGUCCUCACUCUGCAGUGCACGAUGUGUGCAUCGACAUCGAGUGGGGUGCCUUCGGCGAUAACGGCUGCCUCGACUUCCUUCGCACAGAGUUCGACGACGAAGUGGACGCUAAGAGCCUGCUGGUCGCUUCUUUUACUUUCGAAAAGUACAUAGGAGGCAAAUAUCUCGGGGACCUAUUGACUUUUACUUUGAGUGCGUUGGCGCGAGAUGGUCUGUUUCCAGCUGAUCCUAAUUUCCGUAAACUGCAGACAUCGCAUGUCAGUUUGUUCGAAGAAGAGAGCUGCGCCGGCGAAGUGUCUCGCACAUUGUCAGCGCUCCGCGAAGCCUGCAAUUCAGAUUUGUUGAGCACAGCAGACGCCCUUGUAGCGCAGUAUGUGGCGCACGUUAUAUCUAACCGAGCUGCCCAACUUGUGUCUGUUUGUAUCUCGACUUUACUCAAACGUAUGGACAGGCCGUACGUGGCGGUGGCAGUUGACGGGUCCGUGUUCAAACAUCACCCUCGUAUCGCAAAACUCAUGAAUAAAUAUAUAGCACUGCUAGCGCCAGCUCAUCAAUUUUCACUGAUGAUUGCUGAGGACGGUAGCGGCAAGGGCUCGGCCUUGACAGCGGCUAUCGCAGCUCGUAUGGCUACAAGAGGCGUGGCGAGGUUAUAAUCGACGAAUUUUAAUUCAUUUACGUUAUAUUUAGUUCAUGAUCUUGUCAAGCCGGACGUCGCUUCCUCUUGAAUUAGUUUUACGGUUAUAAUUAUUGCUUAGAGCGCCUAAAGCCGCGUCCAGACUACGCUAUAAUAUAAUAGCAUAUAGUAUAUAGCUCAUAGCACAACAAUAUCCCACACCAUACAUUGUUAUGGACACGUUCACACUGUACUGUACUAUAUAAAUUGUUGGCUAAGUAUAGGCUGCUAUACUAUAAGGAACUAUGGUAUAACGUAGUCUGAAAGCAGCUUAAUGUGUUACAUGUUUCAUUGAAAGAAUGUCGCAACUUUUAAUUUACGCAUUCAUUUUCAUAUUCGCACUUUAGUUGUCUAGUGAUAUGGAUCUUUUUGAAAAAGUUUAUGCGUGUGUUUUAAUACGUAAUUAUGUGAUUAACGUAUGUUGUAACUUUAUCAAGUUUAUCGCUAAUGAGAAAAACGAUUGAUCGAUUAUUACCGUUAUGAUAUUGUGAAAUAAUACAUAAUUAAAAUGUGAUUAUCGGUUAGCGAAAGCGUGUAUGUUUACUUUGUGAUUUAGAUUAGAACCUAUUGUAACUAAUUUAAGAUUUCUGAUUAAUAAACACUAAAUGCAAAUCGACAGAAGUUGAUCUGUAUUUAACUACAUUUUAUCUUUAUUUUAGGUUGCUUUAAUGCAUUGAAACAUUCUGUUUCCCGCGAAAAUUAUCGAGAUAAAUGUCGCUACCAAUAGCUUCACUAGAAUCCGAAUUUUUUACAUUAUUUUAAGGUAUAGAACAAGAUAAUUGAACAUGGGAAAUAAUACAUAAUUAAAAUGUGAUUAUCGGUUAGCGAAAGCGUGUAUGUUUUACUUUGUGAUUUAGAUUAGAACCUAUUGUAACUAAUUUAAGGUUUCUGAUUGACAAACACUAAAUGCAAAUCGACAGAAGUUGAUCUGUAUUUAACUACAUUUUAUGUUUAUUUUAGGUUGCUUUAAUGCAUUGAAACAUUCUGUGUUUAGAGCAAUUCUAAACAUGAAGUUUGUAUAACUAUUUUUCUAAUUUUGAAAUAGAAUAAUAAUUUUGACAAUACAGGCAUUGUAAGUCAAUCAGAAAUUCAGGUCGUACGUGCACUUGUUGUAACUACAUUAAAAUAAAAUAAAAAUAACCUUCUCUCUGAAUAUAUCGAAUUAUUGAAGCGACCAGUACAAAUUACAGUCCACGCUCUACACAUUCUGUUUCCCGCGAAAAUUAUCGACAUAAACGUCGCUAUGGAUGGCUUCACUAGAACCCGAAUUUUUUACAUUAUUUUAAGCUUUAGAACAAGAUAAUUGAACACGGGACAAAGGUGCGUUUCGGCAUGAAAUUUAAAAGCCGCGUGAUGUAAAUUGCGAUAGUUUAAAAAUUUAAGUGUCAAUCGGUUUCUGUUUAAGUAAAAAAAUUAAUCCAUUCUAAAAAUUAAACGCAUACUCCGUCCCUUAAGUCGAUAUAAAUCUUUGGCGGUUCUAUUGAGCGGUGAUUAAUGAUUCAGGGCGUUAUAGGAAGUGAGAUAAUUAUAAUAAUUAUAUAACACAACUGGUUACUCCUAGCGUUUAUUUGCGACCCAAUUUAAAAAAAAUUAUAAAUAAUAGUUUAAAAAAACUAAAAAAAUACGCUUUUAUAGAAAAUCGAACUAAAAAAUAGAUAAUACAUUUUAAUAAAUUUGAGUUAAAAAUAGUGUAAGAAAAAAUGAUUUUAUUGUAAAAAAAAGCGUGGGGUGCUUUUCAGGAUAUUAUCAAAAUAACCCUUCUACUCAUCUCUGUUCAUAAAAUAUUUAUAACUACUGAUACCAUGCACCACACGCUUUUUUUAAGAAGAAGCUAAUAAAAGCGUAUUAAAAAGCAACGGAGCUUGCGGGCGCAGCCGCAUUUGUUUACAAAACAACCUGUGUCCCUACACAUCUAAAAUUAUAAAAAAAAAAUGAUUUCAGUCUCUAUUAUAUAGUUUCCCAGUUUAAUUCCUAAAUCCUGAACUGAAUAUUUAGUACUGCGGUCCGACCCAAUAGUUUCUUUAAUGUGGUAUUUUCUGCGAUAUAUUGCAUCUUAGAUGACAGUGAAAAUUAAUCAUAGCUGGGCGGGAACCACGAUUGUUCUAAGAUUAAAAUAUAAGUCCUAGUAUAAUCGAUUUUAAAUUUAAAUUUUUUGAUUGUACGUAUAAUUUUAUUUACACGGCUCUGCAAUGCUUUAGUGAAUUAUCGAAUAAUUCGUAUUAAUAUAGGUAGGUACGUGAUUGUAAUGUAUUAAACUAUUUCUUAGUUAUGGGACUAUGAGUAGCUCGAUAAUUAUAAGAUGUAUAGUAACAUUUUAAGCGGCUCUGUAAUGUGAUUGUCAAUAUGAUAUUGAAUUCAAUCAUGUUUAAAAUGAUUUCAACGAGAAUUUCAUAUAAUAAUAAAAUAAAGGAUUUUACGUUAUACAUUAUUAGAAUAAGUAGAUUUAUUUUUUUAUUAUUGAAGGAUUACUGGUGGCCCGGAGGCCUUUCCAGUUUCACCAGGACAGGUGGGCGAGCAAAGGCUCAGCCAGGAGGGGUAGGAUUUGCUAACAGCUACCCGAGCGCCUCCGAAGGAGACCUAACAACUCAAGAGCAGCUGCUUCGCGAAUGAAUCUACUACCGGAUCGGAAUCGCGACCCGCUGUGCAGAUCCGGCUAGAAACUCAGCGGGCUGAUGCAUGGGUUAGGUUACACGUCGAACUCCUUGUCGAGUUCGACGAGUACGGUUACCGGGGUCCCUAAUCCUGCUCCUAGUGUUAGAGCUGAAGGCUUCUAAGGCAAAGGUUAUUGGAUCUAAGGGAUCCGUAAAGACGUGUGUAGAUUUUGUGUGGGCAUCUAUGUGUCUAUGACUCUCAGGACAAGUUCGUUCUAUACUGCUGUAGAUUGCUGUAAGUUUAUUAUAUGUAAUAAUAAUGUUAAAGACAUUUAAGUUGUCAUAAAAACGGUGGGAUAGCGAUUUAUGUACAACAAAGUUUUAAAUUAAGUAACAUAAUGAAUAUUACUUAAGUAUUGAGUAUAUUGUGGCCAUAAGUAUAAUCGUGUUCGAGACAAAGCUUCGUCGAGGACUCUAUUCCUCAAAGCUCAUGUUCAGCUCUAGCAAAACUAUGGUUGAGAUCCGGCGAUUUUUUCCAGAACCAAACAAAAAAAAAUUUAUGUUUCACAUUGUAAUAAAUAUUAAUUGUUUUAGGUGUACGACUAUUUUUAGGUUAUGUUUUUUGUUUAAAUAAUUUUUUUAGAAACUGCAAUUGUGUUCAUGGACUCCAGUCACCACUUAACAAAAUGAGGUCCGUGAACCACUUAUCUAAUGAAAUAAGAAAAUGUUUUGAUGAUUACAUUUUCGAAUAAAAGAAAUGUUUAUGUUGUCUCUGAACACAACAAGAUGUUUUAGUAGAAACAUAUUAUUAAAUAUUAAGAUAUUAUUGAAUUCUAAAAAAAAUUAUAUUAUUAAUGUAAUAUAAAUGUAAAUCAAACAUAUCGUGCCAUACUCAUAAUCGUGAAGAAAUAUAUGAUAAAAAAUAUUUAUUUUUGAAAUAAUAGUAGUUUUUAUAAGUAAUUAUCGUUCAUUAGUGAGAGCUCAGAGCAUCAUUCUAUCUCUCUCGCACUCAGUCACUCUUCUAGCGUGACGUCAAUGUUCAUUAUAGGUAUGCUUAGUCGUUUGAGAAUAAUUAUCCUAAACCUAGAUUCAAAAAGCUUCUAAUUUAUUUCCGAACGGAAUUAUUAUAUCCUCAAAUUUAAAUUUGGGAAGACGUAGCUUAUUUAAUUUAAAAAAUAAAUAGUCGACGUCCCUAUUGACUAGAACCGUAGAUAUUGAUUGAUAAAUUGAGAAUUUUGUUGACUGAGAUGCGUAAUGCUUAGGAAUACUUUGUACAUGUGAUAUUUUAAGCGGAAUAUUUUUAGAUUUAUUUUAUUAUAGUCGAUACCAGUGUGACAGGUUUUCCUUGAACUUGACCAAUAAAGGCAAAUUAAUUUUUUUCUUUUACCUCGUCGCUAGUAGUCUAUGGGGCUAUUUAGAUACUUAUGGACUGGUAGGCGAGCUCACCAGCUCAACAUAUGCUAUGAGGAUUUGCUGGCUCUGGCUCUAGCAAGACUAAUGCUUCGCCGAAUCUGCCACCGGUUCGGAGUCGGGAUCCACUGAGAAGAUCCAACGGGAAUAUCAGUGGAUAUCUGUGGGAUGUAUUUGCAUUUAUUACACAGCAGUUAGUUAAAAACGAAUUUGUUUAUUCUAAAACCUAUAUUGUUAGGGAGUCUGCAUUAAAUUUGUAAAAACCCAAACGUGUUUGUUUUAAUUUUAAGGUUAUCUAUAAAGUUUGAAAUGUUAAUGAUAAUGAAAUACAGGAUAUUGUAUAUUUUU